AUGACAUCCGCUCGCGACUCGAAUACGCGACUUCGCCAGACACUCAAUCCGCUACUGACUACUUCGUUAGGCGGAUUCCAUGGUCAAUUGGCUACACCGCAUUCCGCCAUCUCCUCCACCGCACCGUAUAAUUACUCAGCCGCGCAAACACCAGCGAGCUCAGUCCAGCCAUAUAAUCCGCAAGAAUGGGCCCCAUCGCCGGCUGUUCAACGUACUCAUCAGUUCCCGCCUCCUGCGUCGCAUGAACCACAAUCGUCGCCACUCCCACCUCCCCCAUAUUCACCACCACGUAGCCAGCGGCCAGUCAGUGGUGUUUUCGAAACACCGCCAGCCAACACAUCUGCUGCUCGCACGCCUUUAAGUUCUGCACACAGGCCAUCACCAGAGCCGCAAUGCGCCCAAAACUUCCCACCGCCUCCCGGAGCAGGUGGGAGAGGUGCGUCCCGGGAAAGACGAUUUGGUCUCCCAUCUUUGACCAGGCGACGGGACAGGGAGGGCGCCGAGUCCGCUAGUCCACCAGAACCGCACCCACCGUCAUUAAUAUCGAGGCCACAGCCUCUGAUGAUUCAGGUCCCUCAGCUGUCAGAGAGAGGGGAGCCCACGCAACCAAUUGCUCCUCCAGCCGCAAGAAGAGCUGCCUCCGCGAGUGCAAUCGAGACUCCGACGUCUGCUAGGUCGCGUUCAUCGUCACAAUCACGUUGGGGGCAUGGCAUGCCUCUACCGCCACCGCCUCCAGGGCCGCCGCCGUCUAAUUCGAGGUCGCAAAGUCUCAACAGGACAAUAGACCCUAAUCCUGUUCUAUCUCCCCCAACCCGAAGGCCGCCUCCAAAUGGUGUAACAGCAUUAGGCCCCGUGCCUCCAACACCAGCGGAUUGGGUUGACGACGAAAGGCAACAUGCGAAUCGGGCUGCGCAAGCUGGCUUGAGUAUUGAUACUGCCAGUGCAUCUAGUGCAGCUACGCAACCGAGCGAAUCCACCGAGUCAGGCUCGGCCUCAGCUGGAGGACACCUAUCGAGAGCCGGCGCUGUUCGUGGCGAGAAGUCUCUGCGUGAGAGGCGCAACGAGAGCCGAACGAGACACAGCAGGGGUGAAUCGAGCUCCAAUGUCCCGCCUUUGGAAGAUAUUAUGGUGCCUCAGGGCGCAGCCAGCCUGUCUAGGCAGUUCUCAGUUCGCAGAGGAACACCACGCAGUGCUGGAAGGUCUGCGCAUGACAUGCCGUGGCCCGGUGAUCUCAAUGAUUCCAGAAAUUCUACACCGAGGGUAGAUUCUGCGGGGCUUCAACAGCCUGAAACACCAACGCCUCCCUUCUCACCACGCCCCCAGAAGCCGUACGUAUUAACAGAGGCUGGACAGCCGUUGGCGCCCAAAGCUCUACCUACGCCUCCUCCGCAAAGCCGUUCCGCUUCAAGUUCCAGUUUUACUCGUACAGAGAUGCACCACUCUAUUGGCAGCCUCAUACAAGGGGGCCCACCUUCAACACCGAUGACGAAACAGGGAGUCAUCAGUCAAACAGCCGAACAAUUUUGCCAGAGCACCAUCGAACGUUUUCGAGCAUUUGCUGGAAAAGAAGCUGCAGCGGCGUCAGAUGCGGAUCGGGUCAAGUUGUUUGCUGACUUCUUUGUUAAUGAAUCUCGGCUUCGGAGAGAACGUUACAAUUCUGCCAUUGGUGCAAUGGGUUCAGAGAUAUUUGACUUGACUCGAGAUCUUUUCCGACCGAUGAAACCCAGGAGAGAUUCCGACAGCUCACAGGCGAGCGAAUGGACCCCUCAGGUGUCUGCAACGAAUCUUCGAAGUUCUACAAGUUCAACAUUUGGAAGAGAGCCGGGGAGUCAACCUAACUCCGCACCAGCAUCAGCGGGUGUCCCUAUCUCGCCCGUUGGCGGCCCACCUAAUGUAGCGUGGAACACGAAUUACAAGCCUGCACUGUCACCAAUUCUGAGUAUGAGCGUCAGCGAUGCGUUUGAUGAGGCGGAUUCUCGUGGCAGACCGGCAAGUCGUUGGUGGGAAGCAGAUUCUACAGGUGAAUCAUCCCAAAAGAUGGAAAGGUCAAAACGGGAGUCGAAAUACAUGGGCGUUCCUAAAGAAGCUCGAGAAGCGUUGCAGUGGAGGGAUCCUCCAAAUAGUGCAGAAGCAUACGCCAGUUCCAGCAAAGGAUACGGCCCCGACGAGUACCCUCCCGAGAAAACUGGCUGGCAUGAGUCCGAACAGUCAAGUACCCCCCAACCCUUUAGGCGCUCAUUACUUUCGCUCCCAGCAUCGACCCCAAAUACGCCAUGCCCAUUGCAUGUAGACGUCUCCAGACUUGUGACUCUACCGCCUCCAUACCCACGGCACCACCCUGCUGUAAAUAACAAUCACCCGGAGCUUAUGGAGAUCCGUGCGAUCGUGCGCACUUUGAGCGAUAUGAAAGAGCUAGAGCAGAUGAAAGCACAGUUCGCCAAAGAUAACCAGCAGGUGCGAGGUGACGCUACGACGGCCGCAAAGGAACGUCGGCAAACCUUGAGAACGAAUUUGCAGCAAGAGGUCAGCUCUGGAAACAUGUCUUACGCAGAUGCUGCGGCAAUUGAAGCCGACUUGAGCGAAUCAGAGCGGUCUCAAUCAAAAGAGCUGGAAAAGAAAUUGUUCGACCAGUUCCAAAACACGGUCGUUAUGCCGUCUAAUGAGGUGCUAUUGGGCCGGAUAGGUCAAGCGACCUCACUUUUUGACGAACUUCGCUCGAGGCUGUUUGUCGAUACGCACACAAGCGAUCCCAAUCUUCCGCAGGAGGAAGGUGACGAGCAGCCAGAAUUGCUCGAGAAACUGACCUUGCUCAAGUGGAUCUUCGAGUCCCGUGAAAUGCUGCAUCGUCAAAUAUUCGACCUCCUCAGCGAUCGAAAUGACCGGUACAAAGAAAUGGUGAUAGCACCGUACCGGGUCUCGGGCAACGAUGAGAAGUUGCGCAACGCUGAGGCAUUCUUCGCCGAAGACGCCGAAAAGCGUCGUCUCGCUUUCGCAAAUGAAGUCGUACAGCGCACUCUCGAGUUCCGUGGCGUAGUUGAGGAAAACGUCGAGCGCGGGAUUGACAUGCAGCUCAAUGCAUUCUGGGAUAUCGCGCCGCCGCUCAAGAGCCUCCUUGACAAGGUGCCUCAGAAUCUCAGAGAGUUUCGAAUCCAGAUCCCGCCACAUGAGUUCGAGGAAAAUCCGAGCUACCACCAACACCCGUUGCAAUACCUCUUCUCGCUUCUGCUGCAUACUGAAAAGAGCACGUAUCAGUUUAUCGAGAGUCAGACAAACUUAUUGUGUCUGCUACAUGAAGUGAAAGAGGCUGUCAUGGGUUCAAAGGGCAAGCUGAGCGAGGCGGAAGGGCUUCAUGCAAGGAGCGUCGAGGAGGAAAGAAAGAAGGAACAAAAGCGCUUGACAGACGAUCUCAAGGAAAAGGUCCGGGUGGUGCAAAGUCAAUGGGACGAAGGUCUUGGUGAAGGGAUCCGAUUGGUCAAGGAACGUGUUGGGGAAUGGCUACUAAGUACUGGGGGAUGGGACGAGACGCUCGAAGAUCUUGGUGUUGCAUGA